GGAGAGCACCCAGAGGGCCGAGGAGCGGUGCCGCAAGACCGACGAGGAGCUGGGCGGCCUGCAGCGACGGCUGGAUCAGUCCUCGCGGAGGCGGCAGGACGACGACGCGGCCGCGCGGACCCUGCAGCACGAGCUGGCGGAGGCGAGGCGCGGCAGCGAGGCGCUCGGGCGGGGCAGCGAGGCGCUGCGGAGGGACCUCGGGCAGGAGCGGCGCGGCUCGCGGGGCUCCUGGGAGGCCCUGGACGCGGCGGUGCACGAGUCGCUGCAGGUUUCGAGGAGCGCUCUGGAGGCCUCGCACGGUGUGGGGCGGGACCUCGCCGCCCUGCGCGAGGAGAGCGGCGCUACCGCGGCCGACGCUGGUCGCGCCAGCGAGAACCACAUCCCCCUCUUGCGCGCGCAGUAGUAGGUUCGUCUGGUGGGGCGCCCGCCGCCCUGCGCGAGGAGAGCGGCGCCUCCGCGGCCGAUGCUGGUCGCACCAGCGAGCACCACAUCCCCCUCCUCCUCCGCCGCCUCCUCCUCCUCCUCCUCGUACUCCUCCUCC